GGUUCCUGUUACCAAACUUUUCCUCCACGAGUCGGACUGAGAAGAACAAACUCCUCUUCGCACAGUGAAACGCUUUCAUUCUCCAGACUUCACCAUGACGUUCAGAGGCGGCUGUCUUCUGCUCGGAGUCCUCCUCAUCCACACCUCACUCUCGCAGAUCACUCCCAAAAAGAAACCCGCUGCUAAAAAAGACUCUUUAGAUGACCGGACCAGCGCUGCUUUGGAGGAACUACAACAGAAGAUCAAUGACAUUAUGGUGGAACUAAAUCAUCUGAAGGAACAGCAAGCCCUGCAGACAGUUUGUCUAAAGGGCAUCAAGAUCCACGGCAAGUGUUUUCUGGUGGACACAUUGAAGAAGCGCUACCACACAGCCAAUGAAGACUGCAUCGCCAAAGGAGGCAUCCUCAGCACUCCACUUUCAGUGGACGAAAACACCCAACUCUACGAUUACAUCCGGCAGAGCAUUGGACCGGACGCUGAAAUCUGGCUGGGCAUAAACGACAUGCAGACGGAGGGCGUGUGGAUGGACCAGACCGGCUCAAACAUUCGCUACAAGAACUGGAAAGCCCCGCAGCCUGAUGGCAGAAGUUCGGAAAACUGUGGCAUUCUCUCUGCUGCUUCCAGUGGAAAGUGGCUGGACGAGAACUGCCGUGAUGAGAGAGCAUCCGUCUGCGAGUUCAACAUCGUUUGAGGCCGUUUACUGCUUGACCUUAGCCGACCUUUCUACUUCACAGUCGAUUGGUAGCCUUGCCUGCAUUGUUUUUUUGUCCUGUAAUUGUAUAUUUUCUUUUGUUAAGGUUUUAAGGAGAACAAAGAUUGUAAUUUUUCUUUCCUUUUUGGGAAUCACACACUCCAUAAAAACAGAAAACAGCAGCUGAUCUAUAAUUUGAGAAGAAUGAACACUGCUGUAAAAAAAAUAAAAACAAUGAAUAAAUCACAGAUAAACAAACACUUUAACUGUAAAUCAGAUGUGAUGUUAUUUUGCGGUAGUGUUGUCUAAAGUACCGACUUCGGUGCCAAGUCGAUACUGAAAUUUAAAAAAUGUGACGCUUUGAGCGCCGUUGAGUGGAAUCGUAAACACCUCUGAUUGGCCAUUGCGUUCACGCGCUCAUCGGAUAUGUCUGUGAUUGGCUAAAAUGAUCAGCGCUUCAAAAACAAGUUGUAAAUAUACAUCAGUGACGCUCUUCACCGAGCGCUUGCACCGAUACACACGGGAGCGUUUGAAAGCAGGACCGGUCCGCUGAUAGACGGCUGCUUGUGCUUUCAAAAGCUCCCACUCCCGUUUUUAAAAAAAACUUUCAAACACUUCCGUGUGCUCUCAAACGCUCCCGUGCGUUGACCAUUGUAGCCAAUCACAGACAUAUCCGAUGAGCGCUUGAACACAAUGGCCAAUCAGAGGUGUUUACGAUUGCGCUCAACAGCGCCCAAAGCGUCAUAUUUUUUUAAAUGUCAGUACCGACUUGGUACCUUAGUCGGCACUUUUGACAACACUAUUUUGCGGUAUAGUCAUGUCCUGCAAACGUUCAUUCUUUACUUUGUUGACCAUUGUAACGAAGAUUAUUUCAAAUUGCUAGCUUUAAGUUACUUGUUUAUUUUAUAACAAAUUAAUGUCUAGCCUGAUAUAACCUGACAUAUUUUAAUCGCAAUAAAAUGUUUAUCACAAA